UUUGCACUUUGUGUGGAUGUGGGAGAUCUUGCCAUAUACAGCUGGCUGAUGUAACAGAGGAACUAUUAGCUCACUUGGAGAGAAAGGCGGAGGAGGUAUAAAGGCUUGAAUUGGGCAGUGUCCAUCCUCAGAUACAGUACAGGUGAACCACACAGCAUCCUUCAGACAUGGAAACCUUUUAAAGUGGUGGUUAGAGGUAAAACUAUAGGUCUCAACCAACUUAACCUGGAAUAGAAAAACUUGGGCUUGCUUUUAGUGUCAUUGUCACCACAUCUGAAAGUCCAGACCACAAAAAGACCAGAUUUUUAUAUUGGUUUGUCAAAAAAAAUCAAAUUUAAGAUGUGUUCUGGAGGUUUCGCCAAAUGUCUUGGGAUCAGUCUGCUACCUUUAGCAAUCAUAUGCGUGCUGUGCAACAUCCUGCUCUUCUUCCCGGAUGGAAAGGUCAUUGAGAGUGAGCACAUCACCAAGCAGGUCUGGUACUUUGGAGGGAUUCUGGGAUCGGGAGUACUGAUGAUCUUCCCAGCUCUGGUUUUCUUGGGUCUGAAGAACAAUGACUGCUGCGGUUGCUGUGGAAACGAAAGCUGCGGGAGAAGAUUUGCUAUGCUGAGCUCCAUACUGUUUGCAGCUGUUGGUGUUUUAGGAGCCGGUUACUCAGUUAUAGUCUCUGCUGUGGCCAUCAACCAAGGACCUCUGUGUUUCUAUGACAGCGAAACCAAUGGAACCAUAUGGGGGUACCCAUUCUCAGAGGGAAACUACUUGUCAGACAAAAAUCUCUGGAACAAGUGUCAAGAGCCCAAAAACGUUGUGCACUGGAAUCUAGCGCUGUUCGCCGUGCUCCUGGCGAUGGGGUUAAUCCAGAUUGCGCUGUGUGCAGUGCAGGUGGUGAACGGCCUGCUGGGAGCUCUGUGUGGAGACUGUUGUGGCUGCUGUGGAGGGGAUGAUGGAGCCAUGUGAGCAUUGGUUGUGGUUGAAGAAGGCUCCCCUUUCUCCCCAUAUUCAUUUCUAUGGGGACAAGUCAUUUGCACCGGUGUGCCAUCUGUAUAGAUUCUUCUCUGUACAAGAACAUAUUGAUUACACUGUACUUGUUUUGUUGAAAUACUGGUAAAAUGAGACGUUUGCAAAUCCAAAUUGAUGUUCAUCCGUCUUCAUAUUUUUCCACAUAUUAAUAACUAUCACCUAAAAAAAAAAAAAAAUCCAGAACUGAGAAGUCCAUGAUUUUCUACUGUAUCAUGUAUUUAAGAAAUACUGUAUUUUCUUUUUCUUUUUCUUUUUAAGCCCAUAUUGUAUGCAUUUGUUUUCUUCAAGUUUAUUCAAGCCCCAUGACUGCCCCCUGCUGGUUUAAUCAAAUCACGUCAUGGUAACGCUUUUAAAUCUCUUUACAAACAAAGUUAAUAAAAGUAAUAUAUGUUUUACAUGUAGUCAUUAUACACAUGUACAUUUUUCUUACACUCGAUUUCUGUCUUUUGGGGGAAUUAUUGAUUGACCACCCAAGUUUCAUUCAUGUUGUGUGUGUCAUUCUGUUUGGGAUCAUGAGUGACCAGGGGCUGUUUCAGGUUUUACUGGUAAGACACCUUGGAACAACUCUCUAAUCUAGUCCAUCACGGGGUGGCAACAUUACAAAGAA